UUCCAGGGAAGAGCACAGGUACGAGGCUGGUGAAGACUUCUCAAAGUCAGAAGGGAUGAUUAAGAGAGACAGAUGUGAGCGAAGGAAGAGAAAGAAAAAACGGUGAAAGGAAAAGAAAAGAAAAACACACCCAUGAGGAGACCAUGGGGGUUCAACACUAUUGUCUGCUAAUGUUGCUGGUCGACUGCCGGGACCGGGUUACAGGUGCUGUGAGUGGCAUCAGUCCAUAUAUAAAACAUUAUGAGGGCUUGUCGUAUGACAGGGAGGAUCUUCACAGGAAGCACCUGAGAGCCAAGAGAGCCACACAUCUUCAGGAGCACACACUGCAGCUGGACUUUACUGCUUUCCACAGAACUUUCCGUCUCCGUUUAAAACGCAAUGCAGCAGCAUUUUCCGAAAAUUUCAUGGUGGUCAGUGAAAAUGGUUCCACAUUGGCUGACCUCUCCCACAUAUAUUCUGGAACACUAGAGGGUGAACAUGGUUCAGCCUGCCAUGGCUCGGUGUUACAGGGUCAGUUCGAGGGAACCAUCCAUACAGACAACGGGACCUAUCACACAGAGCCAAUACAUAGAUACACCAGCAGCCAAACAGAUCAACACUCUAUAAUCUACCACGAGGAUGACAUGGUCCUACCAUCCAUGAGAACUGGCCCUGAUGGAUUCUGUGGAGCAGAACAUCUAAACCUCCUCGCCCAAAGCCUCAGACCUGAUGAGGAGGCGCCAGUGAGCCGGAUGAGGAGAACAGUUGAUGAGUCAAAGACCAGCUGCCUGCUCCACCUCCAUGCUGACCACCUCUACUACAAGAGGUUCAAGUCUGUUGAGGCUGUUGUGGCUCAGGUUGCCUCCUACGUGCGAGUUGUGAAUGACAUCUACGAAAAAGUGGACUUUGAUGGAAUCAAGCUGAUCAACUUCAAAGUUAAAUCCCUCCAUGUGAUGACGGAGGAGGAUAAAAAGGAUCCUCUGUUCCCUCUUUACAUCGGGCCUGAGAAACUGUUGAGUCUGUACUCUGAGAACAACUGGGACAACUUCUGUCUGUCCUAUCUGCUAACUGACAGAGACUACAGUGGGUUGCUGGGGCUCGCCUGGGAGGGCAAAAAUGGUAACUGGGGAGGAAUAUGUUCACAGCAGACCACCCUGCAUAAAGGCCAGACCUCCAGCCUGAACACAGGUCUGGUCACAAUUCAGAACUACGGACAGUUCCUGCCACCACGACACGUCCAGCUGACCUUCGCUCAUGAGCUCGGCCACAGCCUGGGAUCCCCGCACGAUGAGGGCUCAAACUGCGGAAACCUCGGCUCCAGCAGCGGUAAAGGCAGGUAUCUGAUGUUCCCUCACGCCACAGACGAGGUGCGUGAAAACAACGAUAAGUUGUCGCCCUGCAGCAUCAAACACAUCAGCAAGAUCCUGAAGCUGAAGAAGGAUGACUGCUUUGUGGUCAGUGAUCAGCCCAUCUGUGGAAACCACAUUGUUGAGGAAGACGAGGAGUGUGAUGUCGGACACAACGAGGCAGACCUCUGCUGCUUCAGCGCCAAACAACCUGUAGGAGUCCGGUGUCGCCUCAAGCCUGGGAAAAUCUGCAGUCCGAGUCAGGGCCUGUGCUGCGGUCAGGACUGCGGGUUUAAGCCGGCGGGUCAGACCUGUCAUGAGGAGACAGACUGCCAAAGAAAGGUUGUGUGUUCAGGCCUCUCCCCGGUCUGCCCCGAGCCAAGCGCCAAGGAAAACCUCACCGUCUGCAGUCAGGGGACGCGUGUCUGCCUGAACGGGGUCUGUGCGGAGUCCGUGUGUGUGAAGCACAGUCUGCAGCAGUGUAACUGUCCAGGAGACUCCUUGAAGGAGAAAUGCCACAUGUGCUGCCAGCAGCCUGAUAAGCCUGAGACGUGUGCUAGCACCACCUCCUCCGUGCUAUCCCGUCACUUUCAAAAGAAGGCAUUGCCGUUGGUUGGCGGAGCUCCGUGCUCAGGGAACCGAGGAUACUGCGACAAACUCCAUGUGUGUCGUCUGCUGGAUGCAGACGGCCCCAUCGCAAGACUGAAAAACUCAUUUCUCAAAUUCGAGGACUUUGAUGACAUAGCAGAGUGGAUGAAGGCUCAUUGGUGGGCCAUCCUGCUGGCUAUCCUGACUCUGUCUGGAGUGAUGGGCUGCACCGUCUGCCUCUGCAGCCUUAGACUGGACACCACUGACAUGGAGUGAUCUCUGACUUUUGGUCCCUGUCACCUCAGGGAAUAAAAGAAUUGCCAUGACAGCACAAACACAUUCAUUAGGAUUCAUUUACCUGGGAGUGUCAAGUGUCAAGGUCACAUUGAAGAGAUUCAACUUUUUUCCAUCCACAAACAGUGUGUGAUCUGCAGGUGACCCGUGAAGACACUCACCACUGCUCAAUGCCUCUCAGGCAUGCAGUGAGAGGUGUAGUUUUGACUAAUUGAUAUCUUUGUAUGCCAUUAUCCAUUUGCCAUUUUCUUUUCCUUGUGUCACAUGUCUGUUCACAUUUCAACAAGUGGCAAGAGUCUCCUGUGAUGCAUGUGUUGUGGAAAACACCGCUGUUGCUGCCAACUGUGGGCCAGUCAACCCCCGUUUGAGGCCACAUAGCAUCAUACACCUACAGCGAAUGAAAGCCACCCGUCCCUGCAAAGACUGAUCGGACUCUCGUUUUUCCCUGCAGUGUCCUUGCUGUUGUGUUUGAACUUUCGGCUAACUUUAGACUUGUUGACUAUCCAGCUUUCCCUCACAGUGAAACGUUAUCCAUUUUAAUAUUGUCAUAGUGAGAGUGAGUGAGAUAAACAAGUGGAAAGGUCCUUCGGCCUAAAGCUUACAAAGCUAAUAAGUUAAUAAAGUGACCAUAAACAUGUUUGUCAUCUCAAAGAGUAGUCAUUUACUAUUUAUGAUUUGCAGUGGUGAUUCACUUAGUGAGGGAUGUCUAAAGUUUGUAUUUGACAGUUAUAGAUACAAAUUACUUUUGUAAUUAAAGGUUAAAAUUUUGCAUGAAAAAAGCACGUUUGUUUUUUGUCACA